CUCCCAGCUCCAGCGGCCCCGCCCCCCCUGCGGGCCCCGCCCACAGCCUCACCCCUUCCUCGCGCAGCAUGGUGGUGCUCAGGGGCGUCCCGGCGCUUCUGUCCCCAGAGCUGCUUUACGCCCUGGCGCGGAUGGGGCACGGGGACACCAUCGUUCUUGCAGACAUGAACUUCCCUACCUCCUCCAUCUGCAAGUGUGGCCCCGAGGAGAUCCGCGCAGAUGGCCUGGGCAUCCCGCAGCUCCUGGAGGCUGUGCUGAAGCUGCUGCCACUGGACACCUAUGUGGAGAGCCCGGCUGCUGUCAUGGAGCUGGUGUCCAGUGACAAGGAGAGGGGCCUCCAGACCCCGGUGUGGGAGAGCUACCAGUCCAUCCUCCGGGCGGCCGGCUGCUCGAGCCCCCUAGAGAAGAUAGAGAGGUUUGAGUUUUAUCAGCAAGCCAAGAAGGCUUUUGCUGUUGUAGCAACUGGGGAGACGGCCCUCUACGGCAACCUCAUCCUCAAGAAGGGGGUGCUGGCCCCUGAAGGCCUGUUCUAGAUGGCGGAGGAAUCAGGACCCCAGAGCCGGACAACACUACCAGCAGGCCCUGCCCUCCUGGCAGCACCCAGACCUCACCCAGCCAGGGGUGGCCUGGCAGGUGCUUGGAGGGCUGCUGACAGGCUGGGAUCCUCUAUCUGAAAACUGAUGGGGCCCAGCCGGUGUGGCUCAGUGGUUGAACCAAGAGGUCACCGGGUCUAUUCCCAGUCGGGGCACACGCCUGGGUUUCGGGCUCAAUCCCCAAUGGGGGCGUGCAGAAGGUGGCUGAUUGAAAUGUCUCUCUCGUCAAUGUUUCGAUCUCUCUACCUCCCCCUUCCUCUCUUUUUAAAAUCAAUAAAAACAUAUU